AUGCCCAUGCUGGAGCCUCCCCUAGAGGUGCGGCCCCCUGCCCCACGGAACCAGGUGGUGAAGCUCUUCAUUGUCCUGACUCCACAGUUCUUGUCCCAUGACCAGGGCCAGCUCACCAAGGAGCUGCAGCAGCACGUAAAGUCAGUGACAUACCCAUGCAAGUACCUGAGGAAGGUGAGUGAGUGCAGACAGAUGGGGUCCGGUGCCCUUGAACAGUCAGUGACAUCCUCCAUGCGAGUGCAUGAGGAAGUAAAUGACGGAUCCACAGAUCUGCAGCAGAGAGCCUGGAGGUCCAACAGGCAUAGCCAGAAAGUUAUGCUAUCUAUUGGAGUCCCCACAGUAUGGAAAUGA